AUGGUAACUGAUGCUGGGAUCGAGGUAAUGUCUCGUAAGUUUCAAGGGUUGCGUAAAAUAGACAUAGCAGAGCAGGUUGGUUGUUCUGAUCGAUCUCUCAUUGCUUUGUUUUCAAAUUGUGAGCUUUUGCAUGAAAUUCGAUGUGGUUUGUGCGAAGUAACUGAACAUGGCAUUUGUUUUGUACUACGGAAUAGUCGAAACUUGAUUUCUCUCGAUGCUGGACCGUAUUACACAGUACAAGAUGAUUUGUUUACUUUUGAGAAUUCCAUGAUUUGUGCAACAUCUUUACGCAGUCUUGUGUUAGAAGCAAAAGAAGAUCAUGACCGACUUCUGUCUUCCAUUUCAACAUCGGGCAUUCGAUUAGAGAAGAUUUUGAUCUACGAUGAUUCUAGUUUGAGCUUCCAUGGACUCUCGAAUUUCUUAUGUGGAUGCCCAUCUUUGACACACUUGACACUUUGUUUCAAUAAUUUCCUUACUGACAAUUACAUGAGGGAUUUAUGCCGGUAUCUUCCUAAUCUCGUGUCCAUGAAGUUUAAUCGGUGUUCAAACAUAACCACUGCAACGUUCUUCAUCCUUGCAAAAGAAUGUCCUAUGCUUUCGGAAAUUGGACUGCCUAAUAUAAAGCCACAAGUUGAAGAUGAUUUUAACUUGGAGUUGAAAAGGAAUUAUCGAAUUAGAUCAUUGGAUUUGACUUGUUCUGUGUAUCUAAAUGAUGAAUUCAUAAAAAAGUAG